ACGCGCGUGCGGUUGGAAGCCGCCAUGCCGGAGGGGAAGGGCGCGUUCCGGGAGGUGCUGCCCAAACAAGGGCAGCUGUCGGUGGAGGACACGGCCGGCAUGGUGCUGUGCAAGCCCAAGGUGCUGCCCCUCAAGUCGGUGUCGCUGGAGAAGCUGGAGCAGCUGCAGCGCGCGGCCAUGGAGGCGUCGCGGCCGCCCGAGGGCACUCCGGGCCCCCAGCCGCGGCCCUAGGCGGGGCGCCAGGUUUGUCUGCAUGGAUCAUUAAAACUGAAUCUUCCAUCUCAGUACUGAGCUGCUCUCUGCCAAGCAAAUGAGCAAAGCUGAGCAGAGAGGCAGAACUUCAUCUGCUGCAGCAGACAGACACGCUGCCGGGGACUCCAACAGGCUUACUUUCCUCACAUAUGUACCCACCCUGCUCUUUCUGUUCCUCCAUCUUCCCUGGUCUCUGUACCAACCUGUCAUACCCACGUUAUAAGAUCCUGCUUCCAAACCGAGCACCAGCACCCCUUUGUAAUAAAGCAAGUACCUUGAAGGACAGAGGUCUCUCAGUGGUUUGGAGAUGAUUCCAGCCUGAAAGCAUUCCUCCACAAACCGCUCAAGCACAGAAUAGGAGUGUGGCACAUCCAGGUUAAUAUCUGGUAUUUCACAGUAAACUCGUUCGUAGCCCUGUAGUUUAAGAAUGCAAAGAAUGAUUUGGUCGUUCUACAAUUACAAUCUGUAAACAUC